AUGGCGGAUCGCAAGAACUCAGACGCAGGACCCUCGAGCUCGAGGCAUGCUCAUGCCAACCCUGCUGCCUCUUUCCCAACACACAACUCGCCGAGGACAUGGUUUCUGACCCAGGCGCUGUCCCCGCUGACCGUGCGUCUCAUACGCCUGCUGCUGGCGCACGGCGACUACGUAGUCGCCUGCUUGCCGCCUCACGAGAUUGAGCACGAUGAUCGCAGCGCAGAGUUCAGAGAGCUCAUCAAUGAGUGCAAGAGUAACCGCAAGGACAGAGAAGGGUGGAAAGACCGCAUCCGCGGGAUUCGGUGCGACGGGCGGGUGAUGGGGCAGGCCGGCGCGGCCGUGGCCGAAGCCGUGCAGGUGUUUGGGAGGAUAGACAUCCUGCUCUGCUGCAAGUACGAAGCGGUCAUCGGCACGGUGGAAGAGCUGUCGACGACGCCGGCCACGUCCAACCUGGUGCGGGACCAGUUCGAGACCAUCUUCUUCUCGCAGGUCAACUUCAUCAAGGCGGCGCUGCCGCAGCUGCGCGCCCAGCACACGGGCCACGUCAUGGCGCUGACCAGCAUCGGGGGCCACAUCGGCACGCCGGGGAUGCCCAUGUACACGGCGGCGACGUGGGCGCUCGAGGGCUUCUGCGACUCGCUGGCGUACGAGAUCGCGCCUUUUAACAUCAAGGUGACGAUCGUGCAGCCGAGCAAGGAGGUGCAGAGCCUGACGCACAAGAUCGUCAUCGCGCCGCAGCUGCCCUACUACGACGGCGAGAUCAACCCGGCGCCCAACAUCCGCGACAUCUACGCGCACGUGCUCAACGCCCACGCCGACACGAGCGUGCCCGACCCGGAGGCCCAGGCCGACCGCAUCAUCGCGCGCUACCCGCGGCUGCCGGCGCAGGCCGUGGACAAGCUCGUCAUGGAGACGGUGCACGCGCUGACGGCCAUCGGCGGCCACGAGAACCCGCCCGCGCGUCACAUCGUCGGCUUCGAGGGCAGCGUCGCCGUCAAGGAGAAGCUCAAGACGGUGACGGAGGAGCUCGAGGACUUUGUCGAGGCGAGCCUGGCCGUGGACAUCUUCCCGAGCGACGUCGUCAAGCCCGAGCCGCUGGAGGACGAGGAUGCUCCCAAGGCCGGCAGCGUGGCGGCUGCUGGUGCUGGUGGAGACAGGGCUGGGUCUGCGUCCGGCUGA